AUGCCGCAGUUGGCCAACUACGAGGGCGACGGCAAAACCACAAUCACAAUGCUUGAUAAGGAACUGUCAAAGUACAUUCUUAUUGAAUCCUGCAAUGGACGUGGAUUUUUUCUUUCAAACAAUUCAUUCGCAUUCGGAUCAAUUAUUCUCUUUCCUAACGUCAUUUUUCAGUGGAAAGUGAAAACGAUUGAAGAUAUCAAUAGAGACUCGUUGACGUUAUUCAAGCUGCUUGAACCAAAACUGGACCUCCUUGUGAUUGGCAUUGGUGAGCCUCGAGCCUGGUCGCAUGCAGCAAUGACGCGGAUGCGAAAAGAAGUCAAAGCUUCAGGAGUGAAUGCUGAAAUUAUGGCCACUCGUGACGCCGUAGCCACCUACAACUUCAUGUUGGAUGAUUACCGAGUGGUAGCAGGAGCCUUUUUGCCAACUGUAAGCAAAGGAGAAGAAACACUGCUUAAACUUAAACGGAACCCUCGAGUGGCUUCAAUUGAUGCAAGUUAG